CGGAGGUAAACUAAAUUUUCUGUAAAAUUUCCCUUCCAAUUAAAAUCCAGCCCCAUCAACGAACGCCCACUACUCGACACUGGCGUGUUGGUUCUGCCCAGUUCUAUUCGAUUCCAUUUGAUUCGAAGUAAUUCCAAAUUCAGAACUGACUCGUUCUUCUCUCUCCACUAGAUUUCGAAGAGAGAGAGACUCGGAGAAGCAAAAUUAGGCUCAGCUCAAAAUUAUGGCGGCAGACUCGGAAUUACCGGAGGGAACUGUCCAGAACAUUCUGGAGCAGGAGAGCCUGAAGUGGGUGUUCGUCGGCGGCAAGGGCGGCGUCGGAAAAACCACGUGCAGCUCAAUCCUCUCCAUUCUCCUCUCGACGGUCCGAUCCUCCGUCCUCAUCAUCUCCACCGACCCCGCUCACAAUCUCAGCGACGCCUUUCAGCAGCGAUUCACCAAGACUCCCACUCUCGUCAAUGGAUUCUCCAAUCUCUACGCCAUGGAAGUGGAUCCAACUGUUGAGAAUGAAGAGGGGGGUGGUACAGAGGGGAUGGAUAGUUUGGUUUCUGAGCUAGCAAAUGCCAUUCCUGGAAUUGACGAGGCUAUGAGUUUUGCAGAGAUGCUAAAAUUGGUGCAAACAAUGGACUAUUCAGUCAUAGUAUUUGACACAGCUCCAACGGGUCAUACACUCCGGUUAUUGCAAUUUCCAUCUACCCUAGAGAAGGGUCUUGCAAAAAUAAUGUCUUUGAAAAGUAAAUUUGGUGGUAUGAUAAGUCAGAUGACUCGACUAUUUGGUGUUGAUGAUGAAUUUGGGGAAGAAGCAAUUCUGGGAAAGCUUGAGGGCAUGAAAGAUGUGAUUGAACAAGUUAAUAGACAAUUCAAAGAUCCAGACUUGACAACCUUCGUCUGUGUUUGCAUUCCAGAGUUCCUCUCUCUCUAUGAAACUGAGCGAUUGGUUCAGGAACUUACCAAAUUUGAGAUUGAUACACACAACAUUAUUAUCAACCAAGUACUUUAUGAUGAAGAAGAUGUUGAGUCCAAAUUGCUCAAAGCAAGAAUGCGUAUGCAACAAAAAUACGUUGACCAGUUUUAUAUGUUGUAUGAUGAUUUCCAUAUCACCAAGCUGCCAUUACUGCCGCAAGAGGUUACUGGAGUUGAAGCACUGGAAUCAUUUUCAAGUAACUUUGUGACACCCUAUCAACCUUCGAAGAGUAGAGGCACAGUGGAAGAUCUAGAGAGAAGAAUAUCUACGCUUAGGCUACAGUUAAAAGAAGCUGAGGCAGAACUUGAAAGAUUCAGAAAAGGAAAGCAAAAUGUUUGAUUACGCAACUCAACCAUCAUCAUCGCAUUUCCGGCUUCCUUUUCAAUUCUAUCCAAAUCUCCUAUCAAAUGGCAUCGUCUUCACAUACUGGGCUACCAAAAGAAGUUGAAUCUUCUAGCUACUGCCCAUUAUCGAUUGUCAGUUCCCUUGAGUUUGUUUUUAUAUUUAUGCAUUUUUUAUUUGUACCGUAGAUCUUAUAUAAGCCGAAUAUUUAUAUUGUAACGUGUUUUACCUUUGAUUUUUUCUAUGGAAGAGAAUCCCGUUUUA